AUGGCGUCUCCUCAGCAAAUCCGAACCACAACGACCGAUCUCUUGAAGAUCAACCACCCUGUCAUGCUUGCCGGAAUGAACGUCGCCGCUGGUCCGAAGCUUGCCGCUGCUGUCACCAACGCCGGAGGCUUAGGCGUUAUUGGAGGUGUUGGCUACACGCCUGACAUGCUGCGAGAGCAAAUCGCCGAACUGAAGAGUUAUCUCAAGGACAAAAAUGCUCCCUUCGGUGUUGACCUUCUGCUGCCUCAAGUCGGUGGCAGUGCCAGAAAGACAAACUACGACUACACCAAGGGCAAACUCGACGAGCUCGUCGACAUCAUCAUCGAUUCCAAGGCCUCCCUUUUCGUUUCGGCUGUUGGAGUUCCACCAAAGCACAUUGUCGAGAAACUGCACAAAGCUGGCGUCCUCUACAUGAACAUGAUCGGCCAUCCCAAGCAUGUCAAGAAGUGCCUAGAGAUCGGUGUCGAUAUGAUCUGCGCACAAGGAGGCGAAGGAGGUGGUCACACUGGAGAUGUUCCUACGACGAUCCUCAUCCCCACCGUCGUCAAGAUGUGCGAGGGCCACAAGAGUCCCUUGACCGGCAAGCCGGUGCAGGUUAUCGCUGCUGGUGGUCUCUUCAAUGGUCAGUCACUAGCGGCUGCACUCAUGCUCGGUGCCACUGCUGUCUGGAUCGGUACCCGCUUUGUACUCAGUGAAGAGGCAGGUGCUAGCAAAGCCCAUCAGGAAGCAGUCCGUACAUCUGGAUUCGACGACAACGUCCGCACCAUCAUCUUCACAGGACGUCCGCUUCGUGUGCGAAAGAACCCAUACAUCGAGAAGUGGGAGAACGAGAGACAGGCCGAGAUUAAGAAGCUGACAUCUGAGGGUGUCAUCCCUGUCGAGCACGAUCUCGAGAGCCUUGGUGAUGACCUUGACGAUGAUACCAUGGAUAACGCCCGACCUUUCCUGAUGGGCAAGGCCGCUGCUGUUGUAAAUGAGAGGCAGUCAGCCAAGCAGAUUGUUGAUGAGAUGGUUGGCGAUGCUGUAACAUGGAUCGGCAAGGGCAACAGCGCCAUUGUCAGCAAGAGCAAACUUUAA